CCUUCAAAGUGAACAUUCCAUUCCUAAUCUCUCUCUGAUUCACAAGUAGCGAAGAAUAUGGCGACGGAGGAUGUGAACGAAGCCCUUGCGGCGGCGGAAGUACCGAUAGAGUCGACAACGGAGAAGCAGCCUCAUAAGCUGGAAAGAAAAUGGUGUUUCUGGUUCGAUAACCAAUCUAAGCCAAAGCAAGGCGCCGCCUGGGGAGCUUCCCUUCGUAAAGCCUCUACCUUCGACACUGUCGAAGAUUUCUGGGGUUUGCACGAGACUAUAUUCAUUCCCAGCAAAUUGACACCCAAUGCUGAUAUCCACUUGUUCAAAGCUGGCGUUGAGCCCAAGUGGGAAGAUCCUGAGUGUGCUCACGGCGGAAAGUGGACUUUUGUUGUCACCAACAACAGGAAGCAAGCUUUAGACAAGGCUUGGCUUGAAACUUUGAUGGCUUUGAUUGGAGAGCAAUUCGAUGAGGCAGAUGAGAUUUGUGGUGUUGUUGCUAGUGUGCGCCUAAAGCAAGACAAGCUCUCCUUGUGGACACGGACUAAAUCAAAUGAAGCUGUCCUGAUGGGUAUUGGAAAGAAGUGGAAGGCGCUACUUGACGUCACCGACAAGAUAACUUUCACUAACCAUGAUGAUUCUAGAAGAAGUCGGUUCACUGUCUGAAACGAAGACGCUAGAGGAAGAUGAAAGAUGUCUUUUUUCUUCCUUAUUUUGUCGGUUUGCUCUAAUAGCUGAGACCUUUAGGGCCACUUCAGUUUGAGGUGCAACUCUACAAAAAAAAUUAUGUUUCAUAGAGAUUUUUAAUAUUAUGUUCAGCUAUAUAAAUUCACUUUUUGAAAGCAUCGUUUUUGAAUACCUUUUUUAUCAAACUAA